CUACUCCUGAACCUGAACCUGAACCUGAGCCAGAACCAGAACCAGAACCAGAACCAUCUUCUGCACCUAUCGCAGAGCCACAGCCCUCGGCGACCAAGGACACUGAGCCAGUCCCUGCACCGACAUCGCCUGCACCAAUUGCCACUAUCACCUCUGAUUUGUCUGCUACGGCACCCGAGCCUCCGACUGGAUCCUCUGACUUGCCCGAUCCUAAUUCUGGAAACACUGCUAGCUCAGGAUCAGGAAACAAUGUAUCAGAUCCGAAUAACGGCCAAGGAUCCGAUAACAGUAAUACCCACUCCAUCAGUGAUAACAAAUCCAGCAGCGAUGCAAAGACUAAUGAAAAAGCAGGGGGAAGCAAUGUUGGUGUAAUGAUUGGUGCAAUUGUUGGCGCGAUUGCUAUUGCAGGCGCUAUUGGCGUUUGGGUCUUCCGCAAGUGGAAGUUAUCGCCUUCACGUCAGUUCAAGAGUAAGAUUUCAGGUGGGACCACAGUGGGCAGCGGCAGCUGUAUUGCAUCUACAAAUGUCGCAGGCGGGACAGGCGGCACAGGUGGAGCCUAUGCCUCUAGUCAUGAGGAGAUGACAGAAUACACACAGAGCUACGAUAACAUCUAUCAUCUUCAUGGCCAGCAGCAACUUUCUUCUGCCAUGUCGAGUCCCUCUGUCGCUUAUCAACAUGAACACAGCCAACAUCAUAGUCCAUAUGCUUACCAUCAAGAAUAUGAUCAGUACCAACAGGAUUAUCAUCAACAAAUGCAAGGUUACUCACAAGACUAUCAACCAGAUUACACUCAGGACUACUCACAACAACAAUAUCCUCUUCCUCUGAACCCUCAACACCAUCAAGCUCAUCUGACCAUGUCGGAUAACCCAGAUUCUGUGACAGAUUAUGGACAGUACCGGCAGGGUCAUGCAGGUAGCACAGCCGGCACAACUGCAGCGCCGUCCCAUGGUGCUGGCACUACGGGAGGGCUCCCACCAGCAGGCCAUAACAUCUCUGCCUAUGGAUCUGACGAUUACGUCCAAAAUGAUCAAUUCUUGCGCGAGCUUCGCGAGUAAAAAAAAUCCAAACCAUUUUAUCAUAAACAGUUUUAUCUACUUCAUUCUAUAAGACAUUUGCC